AUCUUUCCGGCGGAUGACCUCCACCGAAUCUUCCUCUACAACCAAAAAAACUCCAAAAACCCCACUACCAUCUGAAGAAAUCCAUCUCCCAGGACCCCAUCCGGCUCGUGGAAUCUACGGAUUUGCUCUCUACAUCGUCUCCUGGACACUUUUUGUGAUCUACCUGAUUUGGGCGAUCACGCCGGUCCCGAUUUUGUAUCGAUUGGGAAUCACGUACAUCCCAUCAAAACUCUGGGCUCUCGCAAUCGGAAUCUUCUUCCCGACGGCCGCCUGCCUCUACGUCACCGUAAUUUUUCUGAUCAACUGCUGGAACUUUUACGGAAUCUUUGAUAACGUUCAGGAGGUCACCAACGAUUUCGGCGAACGCUCGAAAUCCAAUUCAAUCGAUAGUUUGAGCAGCAGCUCUACGGAGAGCCCGAAAAAAGCGAAAAAAUGCUAAGAUCCUGUGGAAUCCGAUACCUGAGCACACGUCGGGACAUCCAGAAGACGCUGGACGCGGUGAAGCGUCUGAAGAUCAACCGAACCGCCCAAGUCGGCGAGAUUCACCGAAGAUGGUCGGAAUUUGAACGGGAGCAGUUGAAUUCGGGGGAUCUUCGGGAUCCCGGUGCUUCUAGAUAUUCGACAGAGUCAAUGCUCGGCGAGAUGAUGCUCAGCCAGGAGCCCAGCUAUCAGAAGAUUCUGGAGAAGAGGGCUCCGCCGAAGGUUGAAGCUGUGAAGGAUCGGGGAGAUCAGGGAGAAGCUGCUAGUUUCCCAUUGAAGUCGGUUUCAGUUGGAGCUGAAGCUUCAAAAGCUCAGGGCUCCGAAGCUGAAGCUGAAGGAUCCACCGAAGGUUCCUCAGACCGAGGCUUCUACGUUGAAGCUGACGUCUUUGUCGACGAAUACGUGGCGGGAAGCUCUCUAGACCUGGACCCCGGCGACAGGAUGGUAGCCACCCGGGAAUACUUUGGCGGUGAUGAUGCUGUAGAGCACAUUUCCUUCCAAAGACCCGGGCAGAGGGCUGAAGGGCUUCAAGAAGGAUCAGGGAAGGAUCAGGAUCUAUCGGAUGAUCUGAGCUCCGAACCUGGCAUGAUCGGAACUGUCGAUGAGGAGAUCCCGGCGAGCUCGCGAAAAUGCACGGGGUGCGGAGCAAAUUUCCACUGUAAAGAUAGCUCCCUGCCGGGAUUUGUGCCUCUGGAGAUUUUGGAGAAGAUUGACAGAAGAUCUGUAGAUCAGAGCCUCUGCAAGCGGUGUCACCUGCUCCAGGAGCACAAUUUUCUGCUCAAUGUCAAUGUAUGCGAUGUGGACUACACUCGAAUGAUGGGCGAGCUUAAGAAGCAGCCCGAGUCGCUUGUGGUGCUUGUCGUUGAUGUUACGGAUCUUCCCGGAAGCAUCUACCCGAGGCUUGCGUCGGUUGUUGGAAGCCGUCGGCCGAUGAUUGUGGUGGGGAAUAAGGUGGACUUGUUGCCGCCUGACGCUCGGACGGGUUAUAUGUGGAGAUUUAAGAAGACGGUGGAGAGAGCUGUCGAGAAGGCUGGAUUGUUGGAGAA